AUAUUUGCAUGUAUUGGCAGUGAUUGUAUUAUGAAGCAAAUUGUUGCAUUAUGUUUAGUAGUGUACCUAUCUGAGGUCGUGGUAGAAACCCAGGCUAAAAAUUUUACACGAUGUGGUCUCAUCAAAGAGCUGUUAAAGAACGGAUUUAGUUCUUUUUCAGUUGGAAACUGGCUAUGUUUAAUUGAAAGUGAGAGCGGUAAAGAUACGUCGAAGCAAAUUUAUAAAGCUGAUGGAAAUACUGGUUUGGGAUUGUUUCAAAUUAAGAGCAGGGUGUGGUGUAAAUUUCGAUCUCCAGGAGGAAAAUGCAACAUGAAAUGUGAAGAUUUACUUAAUGACGACAUCUCCGACGACUCCAUCUGCGCCAGAGAGGUGCAUAAUGAGAGGGGGUUUAGUGGUUGGGAAGGCUGGAAAAGGAGUUGUUGCGGCAGGUCUUACCCCUCCAAUGUUGCUAGAGUUUGCCUACCAGGGCUGCAGUUCCAUGAGCAAAUUUCUUGUUUAUAGAAGAAUUAGAUGAAGUAACAUGGAAAAAGUUUUUAUUAAAAUUAAUCUGAAAAUUAAUGUUUUAAUUAAUUUUAAUGUUAAAAUUAGAUUUAAGUAAAGAUUUUUAAUUUAUUCGGCACGAUGAUUUGAUUAUAUAAAUCCUACUUGACCAAUGUUAUGAUAUUUACUGGAAAUAGGAAUUUAGUUAUAUUUCUUCUCCAUAAGCAGCGAAUACUUUAUUUUAUUGAUUUCAAGUAUAUGUAAAGGGUGAACUUUGGAUGAAUAUUCCCAUUUUCUCCAUAUUUGAAUUCUAAAUAUUAGGGUGGCCCAAAAAAAAACGAAUAUUUUUUGUUCGUGUCUCUUGUGAAAAUAUGUUAGUUUAUCA